GCUCCAGGCUCUCAAGACGUGCUACUUACGAAAAUCACUGUCAAGAUGGCUCCCUCGUUCAUCGGCGCGGGCGUUGCCCUUUUAACAGCUCUUGCAACCGUCCAGGCCCAAGAUGUCAUCACCGAGGACUCCUACUUCUUCGGGGAGUCCCCUCCUGUGUUCCCUUCACCUGAGAUGUCAGGUGCUGGGCCCUGGGCAACCGCAUAUGCCCGGGCGAGAGCACUGGUGGCGCAGAUGACACUAGAAGAAAAGGUCAAUAUGACGGCAGGAACUACCGCCCCGAACGGCUGCUCCGGAACUAUCCCUGCCAUUGAUCGGCUGGAAUUUCCCGGAAUGUGUGUCAGUGACGCCGGUCAAGGCCUCCGAGGUACCGACUUUGUGAGCUCUUGGCCAAGCGGCCUUCACGUCGGCGCAUCCUGGAACAAGGAAUUGACUUACAAGAGAGGCAUGGGCAUGGGUGGGGAGUUUAAGAGAAAGGGAGUCAACAUGCUUCUGGGCCCUGUGGUUGGUCCACUUGGUCGAGUUGUCGAAGGUGGCCGUAACUGGGAAGGUUACUCGGUUGAUCCAUACCUUGGCGGCGCUCUGGUUCACGAGACCGUUGUAGGAGUUCAGGGCGUCGGCGUCAUAACGAGCACCAAGCAUUAUAUUGCAAACGAACAAGAGACGGACCGUAUUCCAACCACGAACAACUCUGCUCAGUCCAGCAAUAUUGACGAUGUCACGCUGCACGAACUAUAUCUCUGGCCUUUCCAAGAUGCCGUGCACGCUGGCACUGGAAACAUCAUGUGCUCCUAUCAGCGGAUUAACAACUCGUAUGGCUGCCAGAACAGCAAGACGCUCAACGGCGUACUGAAGGGAGAGCUCGGCUUCCAGGGCUUUGUGGUUUCGGACUGGUUUGCGCAACACAGUGGUGUUGAUGCGGCCCUGGCUGGGCUGGACGUAGCGAUGCCCAACGGUGGAGUUUAUUGGGGCGAUAACCUCACACUGAGUGUGACCAAUGGCUCUGUCUCUGAAUCGAGACUCGACGAUAUGGCUACUCGCGUCAUCGCCUCUUGGUAUCAGAUGGGCCAGGACAAAUCCUUCCCCGCCCCAGGCAUUGGCAUGCCCGCCAACCUGUCUCUUCCGCACACCAUCAUCGACGGAAGAGAUCCAACAGACAAGCCCAUCCUGUACGCGGGCGCUGUAGAGGGCCACGUCCUGGUCAAGAACACCAACAGCGCACUGCCCCUGAAGCGGCCGAGGAUGCUCUCCGUCUUCGGCUACUCGGCCAAAUCCCCCGACAAGAACAACUAUGGCGGCUCUACCUUUACAGCCUGGGGCCUUGGUCUCGAGGCCGGUGAUGAGGGCAUGUCUGCUGCCCUCACCGAUGCCUUCACAGGAUUAUCCAAGGAGCCAGUGGCGGCCAUCGCUAUUAACGGCACAAUCAUCUCCGGUGGCGGAUCAGGCGCAACUUCGCAGUCGACUUUCAUCUCACCGUUCGAUGCCCUCGUUUCUCGAGCUGACCAGGACAACACGCAACUCUUCUGGGACUUUAACUCACCCAUCCCUGACGUCAUGGGCGCAAGUGAUGCUUGUCUGGUCCUGGGAAAUGCUUUUGCAACUGAAGGCGUCGAUCGCCCCGGUCUCCGCGACGACUAUACUGACGGCCUGGUCCUCCACGUCGCAAGCCGCUGCGCAAACACAAUUGUGGUCCUGCACAAUGCUGGUAUCAGACUCGUCGACCAGUGGAUCGACCACGCCAACGUCACCGCCGUCAUCUAUGCACACCUGCCCGGCCAGGAGAGCGGAAAGGCACUGGUCUCGCUGCUCUACGGAGAUGAAAACUUCUCUGGCAAGCUGCCGUACACAGUGGCCCGGAACGAGUCAGACUACGGAGACGUGCUGCACCCGGAUCAGCCAGAAGGCCGCUUCGUCAAGUUCCCGCAGAGCAACUUCUCCGAGGGCAGAUAUAUCGACUACCGACAUUUCGACCGGGAGGCCAUCGAGCCACGCUUCGAGUUCGGCUUCGGACUGAGCUACACGACCUUUGGGUAUAGCAACUUGCAGGUCAGCAACAUCGCGACGGCCAACACGGCUACGUACCCGACCGGCGCCAUCGCCGAGGGCGGGCAGACGGAUCUCUGGGACGUCGUGGCGCGCGUGAGAGCCGACGUGACGAACACGGGCAGCGUAGACGGCGCCGAGGUAGCGCAGCUCUUUGUUGGAAUCCCCGGGGCCCCGGCGCGUCAGCUCCGCGGGUUUGAGAAGCCUCAAAUCGUGGCAGGCGAGACGACGACGGUGACGUUUGACCUGACGCGGCGAGAUCUGAGCGUGUGGGAUGUUGUUGCGCAGAAGUGGGGGCUGCAGAGCGGCAGUUAUCAGAUUUAUGUUGGUGGAAGCAGUAGGAACUUGCCACUGACGGGGAGCCUGAGCCUGUCUAAUGGGAACUAUACGCGAAGAAGGUGGAUGAGGCGAAUGGCUUAGAGAUGAGGUGAAGAGUGGUGAUGGGAGACGCGUUGGAGGUUAGCCAAGGGGUACGAGAUGUGGCCAAGAGGUAGGAGGAGGGCCGCCUAAGGAAAAAUAGGUUCUGGUAAUUUAACGCACUCUUUUAACAAAGAUUUUCAAAACUGUUGAAGGCUCUAGAGAGAUCUAUUCCCUCACAUCUGCUGUAAAG